AUGACGGCAAAUAUAUAUAAAGGCAUAGGCAUUCAUGCAAACAAUGUACAGCUAGGCGAUACCUACGUUACUAAGACUGAAGCAAACGAUCUCGAGGAAUUCCUUGCCUUGUUGUUUUUAAUCGACGCCUCCGCCGAUCUAGCAAAGACCAUCAGACUCAACGGGAAAAGAGUUGCUGGGACGUGUGAAUGGAUACUGUCUAGAAGCGAGUAUGAGCAAUGGCGCGGCGAAAACGCGCUUCAGAUUCUCUGGCUCUUUGGUGCUCCCGGCAUAGGGAAGACAGCCAUCGCAUGCUUUUUGAUUGAGAAUUUGGAGGAACAAGCAGCCUCGCAGCCAUCGAUUAUAUUGAUCCACCACUUUUGCGAUUAUAAAGACGAUGGGCCGAGGAAUAGUGCUCUGGGUAUCAUUCGAUGCAUCCUAUAUCAGUUGUUGAAGAAACAACCGCACCUUUUUCAAUGGAUUAAAACAAAGUAUCAGCAUCGUCACGAAAGAUUACCACUUGUAAGCAACUUGGAUGGGCUGUGGGCCGUCUUUCUUCAGCUCCUACAGAAUUGUGAUGGCAAGGAUGUUUAUAUCCUCAUCGACGCCCUAGACGAGUGCGAUGAAGCUUCUCGCAUAGCUUUGUCCGGCUUAAUCGCCGAAAUCCCGGUAUCAGUCAGCGUCAAAGUUUUGAUCACGGCACGAUCCGAAGUUGACAUUGAGGGGACAGCCGAGAUAGUAGGUCGACAUCUUCGUGUCGAUUCUGGGCAAAUCAACACCGACCUAGCAGCUUUUAUAGACAGCAGACUCGUUGAAUUAAAGGAAAGGAGAAAGACGUUUCCAGAAAGCUUGAUUCAUGAGAUAGGAAACAAGGUAAAGAAUCACGCGGGGGGAACAUUCCUCUGGGCCAGCCUUGUCUUCAAAGACAUGUUUGCGACCAGAACGUCAAAAGCCGCUGCGAGAAAAUUGAAGCAUCUUCCUUCCGACCUGCCCGGCAUAUAUAAAAGGAAUCUCGACGCCAUCGAUGAAGACGAUAUAGAAGACGCGGCCUUCAUUCUCCGGUGGACAGUCGUGUCGAAACGGCCGAUGAACGUCACCGAGAUGGCUACAGCACAGGUUCUCGCUCAUGAAGGCUGGUCGAUGGACACAGUUCCUCCGGCUGAAUAUCUCGAGCAAUACAAAGAUGGCUUCAAGGCAUGCGGUCACUUAAUUUAUUACGAUCCGGUCAACGAUACGCUUAAUCUUAUACAUCGCACCGCAAAAGACUUUCUUGUUGAAGCAGACUGCCCUCCCCAGUAUAGGGUUAACGCUGAGGCAGCCGGCAUAGACUUGAUAGGUACUUGUUGGCAAUACCUAACCAUGUGGGAUGUUGACCAAGGCACAUCAUUCUUAUUGAGGAAUCCUCAGAAUACGCUCAUUCCCCGAAGGCUCCGCUGCAUUGACCAAAGGCGGUAUGGGUUUUUCAACUUCGCUUUUGAUGAGGUGCAGGACCUAGAGGGUGAGCACAGACUUUCAUUAUGCGCAGCUUUUGUCCAGUCUUAUCGCACUAUAAACAGUUUGCCCCUGUUACGAGACUUCUGGCUCUUUCAUUUUGCAAGAGCUGGCCAUGUUGAAGGCGUGCUGGCCCUUAUAAGCAAGCAUGCGGAUGUCAACGUCAGAUGCAGAGCACUAGACGACGGCUUAGAUGCCACGCGGCUGUUGCUACCUCAAAAUCUAAAGGCCCGGUACCAUUAUUUCCAUGCCUUUGGACGUCUUCCUCCAACCUUAACAGUUCUUCAGGGAGCCGCGGAGAGGGGGUAUGUUGAAGUAUGUCGAGCUUUGAUCGAAAGAGGAGCCGAGGUAGAUGCCGUAGGCGAGGCUGAUGGAGAGUCAGCCUUGCAUCUAGCGGCCGAAUCUGGGCACCAGAGUGUGGUUUGCUUAUUACUAGAUAAGGGCGCUCUCGUUGACAAGUUAGACAUUCGGGGGAGAAAUCCGCUUUCCAAAGCGCUAUAUGCCGGAUGGGAUCAGAUUGGCGUUCUUUUGUUAGCCAGAGGAGCUAAUGGUUUCUUGGAGAUACCUUCUCGGAGAAACGCCAAGAUUUCAAUUAUGAAAGCCAGCCAUAGCUACUUUUCUAGUGAUUUCUGGCCAAGAUGCACCAGGCAACUAGAAACUAUGCUCUUUGGUGCAGCAGCGGGGGGGUGCAUUGAGUCUGCAAAUCAUUUGCUUGAAACAGGAGUGACUGUCAAGUUACGACGCUAUGACAGUGAAACAGCGCUCUCUGUUGCAGUUGGUUCUGGUCACACCGCAGUGGCAAAGCUAUUAGCUGCAAACGGCGGUAAUAUGAGAUGGAGAAGAAAAAACACAGGAGAGACACUGUUACAUCUUGCUACCGCUAGAGGGCACCUGGAUACGGUGGCAUGGCUUGCCCAGGUGGUUCCCGACUUGAAUGCGAGAGCGAACUGCUUGAGACAUCGAAGGAUUCCAGGAGACCCCGAUCUUGAAGUACCAACCAAAAUAUUGAGGGACUUCUACAGCAUCCAGAACAGAGUCUUGUCAGAGAUGAUCACCCCCCUCCAGCUCGCGGCCAUAUUAGGCCAUACUGAAAUCUACAGAGUGCUGAUUCAAGCAGGGGCGGAUCAAAGUACAAGUGGCUAUAAUGGCCGGAACGCUCUGGAUUUUGCGGCUCGUUAUGGACGUCACGAGAACUUUGUGUCAAUCAAUCGCUUGAGAGGGGGCAACAUCAAUGACAGGGAUGAGGGAGGAUGGACAGCCUUACAUUACGCUGCUACUCAGGGGCACUCUGAGAUGGUGCUACAGCUGGUCAGAGGUGGUAGAGCCGACAUCAACGCUCUAACACACCGUGGAGAGACAGCUCUCCAUCUUGUAGCUCAACUAUUGCCCCCCGAUGAUGGAAGCGAACGCGAUUCACGGCUCAAUCUAUGGCUUCUUUCACGCAAUAUCUCAAGCGCCGGUGCCAUGCUGGUUCUUCUGCUUGAAGAAGGCGCAGAUGUCAGGGCAAUCUCUAGCGUUGAUGGAAACACAGCUUUGCAUUUUGCCGCGAUGCAGGGAAACUGGCCAGCGACGGAGAUUCUUCUCGCGUAUGGUGCCAACGUUCACUCUAUUAACCAACAUGGGGAGAAACCAGAGGAUUUGACCACCGCAGACUGGGUAGAGGCGCACCGAUUAGGACAAUGGAACAGGAAAGCUUAUAAGAUGACUGCUCAAUUGCUCUCCGGAGAUCCGAGAGAGAAGAGCAGUGAAUCGACCGCCUCCUCAUCAACCCCGACAGAGGCGGGGGUAAAAUGUGACUCUUCAAGAUCAUUUGCGCCCCAGUAG